UACGAAAAAUUCUUCGAACGCGUUUCUAAUUCUCACACACAUCUCUACCAAACAUUCCUCCAAAUCCUCCUUUCCAUUAUAUCUCCAUUUUCUACGGACAGUAUUAUAAAGAGAGAAAAAAAAAACAUGGUUCCAUCACCUAUCGUCUCUCUGUCUCAUUUAGAAAAAAAUAAUAAAAACAUUUCAUUCAAAUUUAAAUUUAUUAGCCAAAUAGAUUCCUAAUAGCUAAUUAUAUAGAGACCAUUCUUCAUUAUUUGCAUUCUUGGGUCUCUAGAAUAAUUGAAGUAAAUGUCAUAAUAAACAAACAAGGCCCUUCUUUCACAUUUUCUUGAAUUUUUUUCUCGAGGUUGAAUGCUAUAAAAAUGAGUCUUUUAUAGCAAGAAAUCUUUUUUUGUCUUCAGCAUUUUAUUUUUGUAACAAUACACCAAUUUGCAUCAAGAUUUGAGAAUUUGAGGUUUUUUUUUUUUUUUUUUGUUCAUUUUUGAGAAUUUGAAGAAAAAGACAUGAAUUGUUUUUCAUGUUUUACGUUUAAUAAUGAUAAUAAAACAUCUAAUAAAAGGAGAUUUAACAAAAGGAAAGAACAAUCAAAUACUGUUCAUCCUCAUAGAGAAAAUCUCUCUCCAGAACAAGCACAACCUUUUUCUAAGACAAAGGCUCAACAUAAGCCACGUUCUUACCCGCCGCAACGAACAUAUCCAGAGAACAUAAUAAACCAAAAGGGUGGUAGUUAUAAGAGGGAUGAAGAGAACAAGAAUAUUGCAGCUCAAACUUUCACUUUCAGAGAACUUGCAACAGCCACCAAGAAUUUUCGCCAAGAAUGUCUCAUUGGUGAAGGUGGAUUUGGAAGAGUUUACAGAGGUCACCUUGAGAAAACUGGCCAGACUAUAGCAGUAAAGCAGCUUGAUCGUAAUGGAUUACAAGGAAACAGAGAAUUUCUUGUAGAGGUGUUGAUGUUGAGCCUUCUGCACCACAACAAUCUUGUUAACCUCAUUGGUUAUUGUGCUGAUGGAGAACAAAGACUUCUGGUUUAUGAGUAUAUGGCUUUGGGAGCCUUGGAGGAUCAUCUAUUUGAUGUUUCACCAGAUAGACCUCCACUGGAUUGGUUCACAAGGAUGAAAAUAGCAUCAAAUGCAGCAAAUGGUCUAGAAUAUUUACACCAUAAAGCCAACCCACCAGUCAUAUACAGAGACUUGAAGUCAUCAAAUAUUUUGCUGGAUAAAGAGUACAAUGCAAAAUUAUCAGAUUUUGGAUUAGCAAAACUUGGACCAAUAGGUGACAAUUCCCAUGUAUCCUCCAGAGUUAUGGGAACUUAUGGUUAUUGUGCUCCAGAAUAUCAAAGAACAGGACAACUUUCUGUCAAGUCAGAUGUUUAUAGCUUUGGUGUUGUUUUGUUGGAACUUAUUACUGGAAAAAGAGCUGUUGAUCCUACUAAGGAUGGACAUGAACAGAUUUUAGUUGCCUGGGCGGAACCGAUUUUCAAAGAAUCAAGUAGAUAUGCAGAACUAGCAGAUCCAGUAUUUAAAGGAGAUUUUCCAAAGAGAAGUUUCAAUCAAGCGGUUGCUAUUGCAGCAAUGUGCUUACAAGAAGAUCCAACCGUUCGUCCAUCGAUCAGUGAUGUAGUCACUGCUCUCACAUUCCUUUGGGUCGAAUCCAAAAAGGGAUUCGGGUCACAAGUUGCCCCGGAAUUACCCAAUACAUCUUCUGAUAAUGAAGAAAGUCAUAAUAAUAAAGAAGAAAAUAAAAUUACAGAACGAGAAAGAGCCGUUGCAGAAGCUAUAGAAUGGGGUUCAAAUUCAAGAACCAGAAAUGAAAAAUUAUCAUAAUUUUUUUCACGUAAAAUUUUGUGAAUUAAACAGUAAUUUUAUUUUAAUGUUAUAAUUAUUCGACUUGUAAGUGAGUUUGAGUCUGAGACGCCUUAAGGCUUUAAUUACUUUAUAUAUAUCUCAAAAAAUUGAUAUUUAUUUUCUAUUAUUAUUCACAAACUGUAUGUUUGUUGUAUAUAAGUAUUAGCCCGCCCGCUUUAAUUUAUGUGGCGGUACUAUUUGAUUGGGGAUGA